AUGGGAACUUCUAAUGAAGCCGCCUCUAAGCUCCAUAUCUUCUUCUUCCCUUACAUGGCUCAUGGCCACAUGAUACCAACUCUUGACAUGGCCAAACUCUUCGCCACCAAAGGAGCCAAGUCCACGAUCCUCACUACCCCUCUCAACUCCAAACUCUUUGAGAAACCCAUAAACUCAUUCAACAACGAGAAUCCAGGACUCGAAGACAUCACAAUCCAGAUCCUCAACUUCCCUUGCACAGAGCUUGGCUUACCCGAAGGAUGCGAGAACACAGACUUCAUCUUCUCUAACCAUGACCUAACCAAAGGUGACUUGAACAUGAAGUUUUUACUAGCAAUGGAAUAUUUCAAAGAGCAGUUAGAAGAGCUUCUCCAGACAGUGAAACCAGACUGUUUUGUAGCAAACAUGUUCUUCCCUUGGGCGACUAAAGUUGCUGAGAAGUUUAAUGUGCCGAGACUUGUCUUCCACGGUACAGGCUACUUCUCUCUAUGUGCUUCUCAUUGCUUAAGGCUCCACAAGCCUUACAAGAACGUAGCGUCUAGCUCUGAGCCCUUUGUGAUCCCUGAGCUUCCGGGAGACAUUGUUAUUACAGAGGAACAAGUCAUAGAAAAAGAAGAAGAAUCUGUGAUGGGGAAGUUUAUGAAGGGUAUUAGAGAUUCUGAGAAAGAUAGCUUUGGUGUGUUGGUGAACAGCUACUACGAUCUUGAACCUGCUUACUCCGAUUUUUACAAGAGCCAUGUGGCUAAAAGAGCUUGGGACAUUGGUCCACUUUCUUUAGGGAACAGAGAGUUCAAGGAGAAAGCAGAGAGGGGCAAAAAGGCUAGUAUAGAUGAGCAUGAAUAUUUGAAAUGGCUUGACUCCAAGAGAUGUGAAUCUGUUAUUUACUUGUCCUUUGGAACCAUGUCAAGUUUUGACAAUGAGCAGUUGAUUGAGAUUGCAGCUGGCUUGGAGAUGUCAGGACAUGAUUUUGUAUGGGUUGUUAACAGAAGUAGUAGCCAAGGGGAGAAGGUUGAGUGGUUACCAGAGGGGUUUGAAGAGAGGACGAGAGGACAAGGACUGAUAAUACGUGGAUGGGCGCCACAAGUGCUUAUACUAGACCACAAGGCUAUUGGAGGAUUCUUGACACAUUGUGGAUGGAACUCGCUUCUAGAAGGUGCAGCAUCAGGCCUACCAAUGGUGACAUGGCCCAUUGGAGCCGAGCAGUUUUACAAUGAAAAGUUGGUGUCACAAGUGUUGAAAACAGGAGUAAGUGUUGGAGUUAAGAAGAUGGUGAAAGGUGGUGGAGAUUUCAUUAGUAGAGAGAAAGUGGAGAUUGCUGUAAGGGAAGUGAUGGUUGGUGAAGAGAGGAGGAAACUGGCGAAGCAGUUAGCUGUUAUGGCUAAAGAUGCAGUGAGAGAAGGAGGAUCUUCAGAUCUUGAGGUGAACAGAUUGAUGGAUGAGCUUAAGUUGCUCAGAAUGCAAAAAGAACAAGAACAAAGAGACUGA